UGUGUGGAGAUUUUGGGAAUGUAAAAACUCCAACAUUUUAAAAAGUUUCACGGAAUUUUGCAAUUUCGCACUAUUAUUUAUAAGAUGUCAGAUCCAAAUAUAAGUAAUAGUUAUCGAGGAAUUUCUAAACAGUUAAAACUAAAGGCAAAUGAUUUUUUAAAUUCAAGAAAACAUGCCAAUAAUCUAGUAGAUCUAAUACAAUUUUUCGAAGAAAGUUUAAGAAAAGAGCAAAAUGUAUCAUCCUGUGUUCUUACUUUAGAAGUAGUUUUUACAGAAUUAAUUAAAAGACGUGAAUGCUAUAUUGAAAUUAAACCCCUAAAGCCUAAAGAUACAAGUGCGGAAACGAAGUAUAAAGAAUGGCUCCUAGAACGUUAUGAAGAUUUUUUCCGAUUGCUUCUUUUAGCUUUUAAAUGUGAAAAAUCGGCAGAUAGUACUCAGGCUUUGACUACAAGUAUGAAACUUCUUUCGUGGGAAGGGAAAUAUCCCAUAGAACAUAAUACCCCAGACAAUUAUUAUUUCCCAGUAAAUCGAUUUCGAACUAUUUUAAUACAAUUGUUAUCUACGGAAGCAUCUUCAUAUCAUUUAAUUGCACGUUUUAAAGAAUAUUCCGAAUAUUUAGAUGUCGUUUUUUAUGCAUGGAAAGUAUUACCAAGCUUGACUCCUAAAGGAAAUGCACCAAGCGAAGCUUUUGUGAACAAUUAUCUAGAAUUAAUAAAUGCUUUACCAGUAACAAAAGAAUUGCAAGAAUCAUUUAAACUACUAUGCCCAUCUAACGAAGCAAGACCAGAAAUUUUUGAUUACGUUAUAUCACGGAAAUGCAUUAACAAAGCUUGGCAAUGCGUAAUGCAGUGGGAAAUCAAACCAGCUACACAUAAACAAAUAUUAAUAGUGUUAUUAGAGAGAGUGCUACCUCACCUUGACAAGCCAGUAUUAUUAACAGAUUUUUUAAUGGAUUCUUUAGAUUUAGGAGGAGCUAUUGGUUUAUUAGCAUUGCAAGGCAUUUUUACAUUGAUUCAAAAACACAAUAUCACCUAUCCAAAUAUUUAUGAAAAAUUAUAUUCAAUGUUUGAACCAGAAAUAUUCCACACUAAAUAUAAAGCAAGAUUAUUUUACUUGGCUGAUAUAUUUCUUAGUUCCACACAUUUGCCAGAAAAUUUAGUUGCAGCUUUUGUAAAGCGCUUAGCUCGAUUGAGUUUGCUAGCGCCACCACAAGAUGUUGAAAUAAUAUUAUAUUUUAUUGGAAACUUAAUAUUACGUCAUCCGGGCUUAAAAAGAUUAAUAUGUCACCCAGUUGGUGGAGAAGUAUCUCAGGACCCAUAUAUUAUGGAUGAAAGAGAUCCGACAAAAUCAAAUGCUUUAGAAAGCUCGCUAUGGGAAAUUGUUGCACUCCAAAGUCAUAUAAUGCCUUCUAUAUCUACUGCAGCAAAAUUUAUAUCUCAACCAUUGCCAUCUCAAGAGUGGGACUUAUCCAACGUUCUAGAUUUGAAAGAAGAUGAUGUGUUUGAUCAAGAAAUAUCCAGAAAGUGGAAACAAUGUGCGCUAUCAUUUGAGAGACCUCAAUCAAUUUCUUUACCAAGAAACGAUAAGGUUUCACAUUAUUGGAAAUUAUUUUAAAUAAUUUUAAACAAAUUUUAUGGAAAGUAUACUAAAUAAAUUUGAUAUGAAAAUGGAAUGAAUUUAACAAAUACAAUGAGCUUUUUCUCGAAAUUUAGAUAUAAAAACUAAUUAAAUAAAUGUAAAAUAUUAAAACAAUUAAAUUUUCCCUUAGUUAAGCAAAAGAAAAUUUUGUUCUAAUAAGUUCGCGACAUAAAUAUUUAUGUAUUUAAAUUAAUUUUGUAGGAUAUAUAAUUAAAUAAAAUGCAAAAGAUACACGUUUUAGUAAUUCUUAACACCAACAUCCAAGCCAAGUUUUGGGAAAAUUUAACAUUACAAUAUUUUCCUAUGUAAACUAUGUUGCUGUAUUGUAGAUUAUAUAUGGAAAUAAUUUUAAAAAAUUGUUGUUUUUUUUAAGUAGGGAUUGAUUAUUAUUUUCGUUUGUCCCAAUUGUUAGGUAUGUAUAUGAGUUAACAAGCUAGAAUUUAAAAAUUAGGAAACAAUUUUAAUGCUCUGAUAAGAUUUUUAAAGUAAUUCUUACUCAACCUGGAUAUAAAAAUGUCGCAUUUCUCAAUUUGUUUCAUUUCUAUAAAGAAUCAGAUAAGAACUAUUAAGUU